GCCCGAUCCUUUAUUCUUCUUCUUCGUCCCCCCUGAAAUUUGACCUAAUCUUCUUCGUCUUCUUUCUGCCUCUAUCUCUCUGCUGCUGCUACAUGAAUCCAUGAAAGGAGAAGACGUCAUCAACUUUCACCGACGUCUAAUCUUUCUCCAUCUCAUCUCAAAUUAGAGGUUCAUUUCUCAUCAUCGAUCUACUUUGAUUCUCAAUUUUUCUUCAUUUCUAUAAAGUUUUUCCGAAUUGAAGGUGGCGUCGGAUAGAUUUGGCUGAUCAAUUUCACAAAUUUUCUGAUAUCGUUGGGUGGAUUUUGAUAAUAAUGAUUGAUUAUCGGCUGUGAUGAGACUGCCGAAGAGGGGGUGCGAUUGUUGUCCUAGAGGAGGUGGAGGUGUAAAUUAUUACUAUUCGGAAUGGGUAUUAGUUACAUAUCUGUUUCAGUGGUGUGUACAGUUGGGAGUUUCUUAGGGCUACAGUGGUGGACACUAUCUUUACUAGACAAGUUCAAAUUAGAUGGUUUAAUUGCUGAUAAUUAUAUACAUUCUGAGAAUGCUAAUCAUGCACUUGACUUACUAUUGGGAUCCAAUCUUAUAGUUGCACUGUUGGUGAAUUUUGUGAUCAAUCUAUACGUUCUACUCAUUUUGUGUCUCAAGGCUAUUUUUUUUGUCCAGCUGCAUCCAACUGAGACGCGAAAAGUAGUGGAACGAUGUGUAAAUUACAUUAUAUACAAGGGGGCAUUUCUUCCUUUGAUUGUACCACCCACUGUUUCCCAAGCAGCAUUAUGGUCAACUUGGUUGACAGUUCUCUGUACCUUGAAGAUGUUUCAGGCAUUGGGUAGAGACCGGCUGGAACGGCUGAAUGCAUCUCCUUCUGCAACGCCAUGGACAUACUUCCGCGUCUUUUCUGUUCUGCUGCUAGUUCUAUCCGCUGAUGUCUUCUGGUUAAGACUCUGUAUCAUAAUAUAUAGAUCACUGGGUUCAACUAUGUUUUUGCUGUUAUUCUUUGAACCUCUCAGUAUUGCUUUUGAGACUGUACAGGCGGUGAUGGUGCACGGGUUUCAGCUCCUUGAUAUGUGGCAACGACGUUCAGUAGAAAGCAACACAGAUUGCCAAAGCUCCCAGCUCUUUAGCAGAUCGGUGGCAGGUUCUUUAUUGGAAUGGAAGGGCCUUCUUGUUCGGAACUGUGGGUUUUUUCUGGACAUAAUGACCUGGUUGAUGGCUCUCGGUCAUUACUUGCAUAUCUGGUGGCUUCAUGGCAUGGCGUUCCAUCUAAUUGAUGCAGUCAUUUUCCUAAACAUACGCGCUCUACUAAGUGCAGUUAUAAAGAGGAUCAAAGGAUUUGUUAAGCUGAGAUUAGCUCUUAGUUCUCUUCAUGGGGCACUUCCUGAUGCGACAUCUGAAGAGUUGCAAGCAUAUGAUGAUGAAUGUGCCAUUUGCAGGGAACCAAUGGCGAAGGCGAAAAAACUAUCCUGUAAUCAUCUUUUCCAUCUUGCAUGCCUGAGAUCAUGGUUAGAUCAGGGUACGAACGAGGUUUAUUCAUGUCCUACAUGUCGAAGAUCACUAUUUCCAGGUGCACGUGAAAACAGUACUCACUCCCGUACUGAGGAAGCUUUGAAUAAUGAACAUCUUGCCCGUCAAAUAGGUUAUGGAUUGGACACACAAAAUGCACCAGAUCGUGUCCCGCCUGCAGGAACAUUUCCUAACCAACCACAGGCUCCUCCUGAUGGUAUCCCGUGGAGAGUGGGGUUGGAACCAAAUUGGGGACAACCUUGGCCAGACCAGGGUUCCGAUGGUGCUGGUCCAUCAAGUACUGCAGUGAGAUCAGUUGGGUUAGGCAGAGUCCAGAUGAUGAUGAGACAUUUAGCAUCUGUGGGUGAAACCUAUGCGCAGACUGCCAUUGAAGAUGCUGCAUGGGGUCUUUGGCCUACGCCACAUCCCCAGGCUGCGUCUGGCUCUUCUGUUCUUCCUCCCCAAGCUGCUGCUGCUUUAGGCUAUAAUGGACAUAUUGGUGGUUUACGCUUCAGGAAUCCCACUCAUUCUGUGAAUGAUAACAUGUCAGCUAUACUUGCCAUGGCGGAGACUGUCAGGGAAGUGCUUCCCCAUAUUCCCAAUGAAAUAAUUUUUCAGGACUUACAGCGUACAAACUCUGUUGCUGUCACUGUAAAUAAUCUACUUCAAAUGUGAUUUGUAGUCACUAUACAUACAUAACCUCUAAACAUCUUAAGAUUUUGUAUAUAUAGCGACAUGUUUUGCCUGAAAAUAAUGAUCACAAAUUUGGUCUAGAAGUAGUGUACAGUCUAGUCUAGUCUAGUCCACCUUCAUAUGGUCGGAGGUUUUUCCCAUUUUCUUGAUUUGGUUUCCAAAUUGUGCUGUGAUUGUCUCAAGUCUGGGUUUUCUGCGAAAGAAUUCACUUUUAUAAUGCAUUUUGAGAAACUAAAUGUUGUUUCCAAAACAAAGUGUAGACUGCAGAGAUGAGUUUGAUGCAAUAAAAAAGGGUACAUUUUGAA